AUGUCGACAAUCCUUGGGGCUUGCUUGGAGCCCCCCAGUACCAAAGACCUGGGCUCCUUGACUCUCGGACACGAUCAAAAUUUCAACGGGUUCCAACUUCCCAUCCUCUUCGACAGCUGCAACUGGUACAAAUCACAAAUCGUCCGGUAUUUGCUUCGGCUCCUCUUGCUCGCCAUCGGUAACUUCAAAGUAGGCGGUGAAGACAGCUACGGUCCCUUGUCAAUCGUGCAUCGGAUUCCCUGGGAAAAAAUGUGGUUCAACCCAGGAUCGAACUGGGGACCUUUGGCACAUAAAUUAAUAUAUUACCUACCUGAUCACAACAAAAAGGAGAAAGAGUUCCUCCUUUUCGUUUCCCACCAGUUCAUGUUCGAUUCUGCGGCAAACAUAAACGGCGGACACAUUUCAGGGAUAGGAAGGAAAACCGUGUCCACCAACCCUAUCUCCCGUAUGUUUCUUAUUUCCGAUACACAUUGCGCUGGUUGCGACGGUUCCUAUCUCUUUGGCGCUCACUCUACAAUGGCUCUCUUGAAACUUCAACUUUCCAGCCCUUACCACUGCGCGAGACAAGCAGACGGAGUUUCUGUGACGGAUCUGACGUAUGGUUACCUGAAGCAUGAGCAGGUUCUUCCCGUCUGA